AAUACAGACAAAGAAAGGUGGGACGGGGACGACGAUGAACAGCUCGUAACUAACGUUGUUCGCUCCCUCCCCGCUCGUUUCGUAUCGCCGCGUGGGGCCCCGGCGCCCCGUCCGUCCUCCUCCCCCUAUAUAAAUACGCGCCAUGAAGCCUUCUUCGUUCGCCACCACAUGCACUCGAGCUCGAGCUCCAGUCACCAGCGGUGACACGAGCUCCGGGCACUCCUCCACCUGUUCCGCUUGUUGCCGUACAUUGCUCUGCUUCUUCUUGGCAAUAUAUAUAUAUAAUGGUCGUCCUCGCGAAGCCGCCGGCUCUCGACCAAAUCUCCCUGCUCCGAUCCCCGCAGCCCGGGGACGCCUCCUCCUUCCCCGGCGUGCCGGCCGUCGACCUCUCCAGCCCCGGCGCCGCCCUGGCCGUGGUGGACGCGUGCGAGCGCUUCGGCUUCUUCAAGGUCGUCAACCACGGCGUGCCAGCGGGCGUCGUGGACCGGCUGGAGGCCGAGGCCGUCAGGUUCUUCGCGUCGCCGCAGGCGGCCAAGGACGCGUGCGGGUGCGGCCCCGCCAGCCCGCUCGGGUACGGGAACAGGCGCAUCGGGCGCAAUGGCGACAUGGGGUGGCUCGAGUACCUCCUCCUCGCCCUCGACGGCAACGCCUCGGUGUCCAAGGCCUCCCCUGUCCCGUCAUCCUCGCUGCGGGACGCGGUGAACCAGUACGUGGCCUCCGUGAGGGGCCUGGCGACGUCGGUGCUGGAGGCGGUGGCGGAGGGGCUCGGCGUGGCGCCGAGGGACGCGCUGAGCGGCAUGGUGGCGGACGCGGCGAGCGACCAGGUGUUCCGGAUCAACCACUACCCUGCGUGCCCGCUGCUGCAGCGCCUGCCGGACUCGUGCGGCGUCACCGGCUUCGGCGAGCACACGGACCCGCAGCUGGUGUCCGUGCUGCGCUCCAACGGCACGCCCGGCCUGCAGCUGGCGCUCCACGGCGACGACGGGCGCUGGGUGCCCGUGCCUCCCGACCGCGACGCCUUCUUCGUCAUCGUCGGCGACUCGCUGCAGGUCCUGACGAAUGGGAGGCUGAAAAGUGUGCGGCACCGGGUGGUGGCCAACAGCCUGAAGCCGCGGGUGUCCAUGAUCUACUUCGCGGGACCGGCGCCGGCGCAGCGGAUCGCGCCAUUGCCGCAGCUGCUGGGGCACGGCAAGCAGAGCCUGUACAGGGACUUCACAUGGGGCGACUACAAGAAGGCUGCCUACCGCUCGCGGCUCGGAGACAACCGCCUGGACCCCUUCCGCAUCUAGUCACCCGCAACCUGUCGAGAGCUGGUAGGUUCGUACGCGCAGAUGCCUCUCUCUGCCAUAGACCGGCCCCAACACCGCUGCUCUGGUGUGUGCCCCCCGCCCUCCGGAGAUCACUGGAGGCCACCAGUACUGAUUGCUUCACGGACCAGUAAGAAGGGCUGGCCGUACGGCUUGCUAUGUAGGACAGUAGGGGUAGGUGGGUAGGGUUGGAUGGAUACUGCCAUACGGGGACAGGUGUGCUCUCUGUUCGGUUGGAUUCUUCCUCUUCCCAUGCUUCGUGGUGCCAAUGCAAGUGUACAGUAGCUGUGGUACUAGCUAGCUAGAGAGAGCUUUAAUUUCCUGUAUUUGGCUCUUGAUGUUGAUGCUGUAUGAAUGUUAUUAUGGGUGCUUUCUAUUUA